CAGCUGCCACUUGAAACUGAAUAUGUUCCCCGAGUCCGACUCAGGCCCCAACACGUCCAGGGAUUGUUUGUACUUUGUAGUGUGGAGCCUAUAUAAACAAGAUUGCUUCGCACUUUGCCAUCAAUACCACAUAUUUUAAAGAAAAGGAGGAUAACGUACAUUGUACAUAUAUAUUGCAAUAUGACUAACGCGCUCGAGGACCUAUACUUCAAACCGUACUAUCUAGGUUGUCUAGCGCAUGCCUCUUACCUUCUGUGCCACAAAGGCAAGGCUUUCGUGAUUGACCCCCGGCGCGAUGUAGACGAGUACAUAUCCGACGCCAAGGCGGUGGGCUGUACAAUUGCGGGUGUAUUUGAAACACACACACAUGCAGACUUUGUUUCCGGCCACGUAGAGCUCAAGUUUAAGUCGGGUGCUGAUAUAUAUAUAUCUGGCGAGACCGAGGUAGGGUACGAGCACGUUGGGCUCAAGGAUAAUCAAGUUGUUGAGCUGUCCGAAGAUUACUCGUUGAGAGCUAUGCAUACACCUGGGCACACGCCCGAUAGUAUGACUUUUGUGUUGCAGCAGAGACAAGCUGGGGGUAAAGCACGGGAUAUCAAAGCUUUCACUGGUGAUACCUUGUUCAUUGGGGACUGUGGUAGACCUGAUCUGCUAGGUAGUAUUGGUUGGACAGCCACAGACCUGGCCACCAUGCUGUAUAAAUCGUUAAAUGAACGUGUUAUGUCCUUAGAUGAUGACGUAGAGGUUUGGCCAGCACAUGGAGCCGGAUCUGCGUGUGGAAAAGCUCUGAGUGAUGACCGCAGCAGUACUAUAGGCAAAGAAAGAGUUACAAACCCCGCUAUUGAGUGUGAUACGCUGGAAAAGUUCAUCGAAUACGCGACUUCUGGUCAACCACAUAAGCCCCAGUACUUUGCACACAGCGUGGCUAUGAACAAGAGUGCGGACCCUGAGACUAUUGACAAUCUCAAGGAGAAGGUGAAACAUAUGAGUGUUGACGAAGUGCACGACGCUAUGCACAACAGCACUCAAGCGACCUAUGUGCUAGACGUCCGACCGGCUGAAGAAUUUGCACAGGCACAUAUACCUCAAAGCAUGUCAUUUUGGCUGGGAUCUCCUGAGGGAGUGGAGGUUAAAGCGGAAGACGGUAUGUUUGCAUCGUGGGUGGGUACCAUGAUGGCCCACGACCGAAAUAUCAUCAUAGUUGCGUCGCAGGGGCGGAGUGACGAGGCCAUCACACGCUUGGCGAGAAUUGGCUAUCACAAUGUUAUGGGCGUGCUGAAGGGCGGCAUCGACAGUUGGGCCGAGAGUGGAAGGGCAUUAGAUAGUUUCUCUAGGAAAGAAGCUAGCGAGCUUAAGCAAUUUUUUGCAGACGGGAGUCGUGUGAUAGACGUGCGUACAGAACCGGAAUUCUCUAUCCAGCAUUAUAAUGGUUCGAUCAAUCUACCUACCGCCGACUUACUGAGUGUGACGGCAAACAAAUUAACACAGGGUCAGAAGUAUGUCACAUAUUGUCAGAGUGGAUUCCGGUCGAUGAUUGCGGCCACCUUCUUGCGAAGGGCAGGCUUUGAUGUGGUUGAUGUGCGAGGUGGAUUUGAUAGUAUCAUUGAGGUUGUGAGCGAGGAUGAAAUUUCUGCUGAAGUUCUGUGUCCUCGUAAGCAGAAAUUGUUGGAAGAAAAGCUUAAGAAUGAGCUUGAAGUGGCGAAAGCGUAGAAGGAUCGAAAAACUGUGAGAUUGAGCAAUGUAUGGGUAUUGUUAACAAAGUUGAUAUUUGUAAUGUAUUCGCCUGAUGUGCCCGAAAUUAGAAUUAAAAAAACUUAGAGAAACCCAGUAUUUGUAAUCCGUGCUGUGUGCAUGUGUCACA